AUGCAGACGCGGAACGGGACGCUGUACAAGAGCUGCGACUACAACGACUCGGGCCCCGACGACACCGUGGAGUGGUCCGCCGCCGCGCCGGAGUUCAGCAAGGACGCCGUCACCGUCGCCAUGCCGCUCCUCAAGGAAGGCCGCGCCUACUUCUUGUCGCGGAACUACGACGGCGAGCAGUGCGAGAGCGGCCAGCGCUUCGCCAUCGGGAGCAUGGGAUCCGUCGGUGGCCGCUGGAAACGAUGGCCUCCUCCCAACGCGGUCUGGCGUAGCUUCGAAGGGCUUCCUAUCCCGUGA